AUGUCAAAUACCACACCUCUAACACCCGAAACCGAAAUGUCAAACUUGAAAAAUAAUAACAAAAAACUUGCCGAUGGUUUUGAAGAUUAUUAUUACUAUGAUGAUGAGGAUGAUAAUAAUGCCGAUACGGAUAUUUCAGAUAAAGUGAAACCUCUGCAUCUGGAAGAUGUAGAGGUGGAGGAGGAGGAACAAGAAACAAACCAGCAAAAUGAUGGAAAACAAAAUGAAAUGAAAAGAUCGGCAGAGGAUAUGAGCAACAUGAAUACGGCUACCCUGUCGACAACCAUGGCCAGUACACCCACAACCAAUGUGAACGGCGGCAACAACAGCUCAUCUCAUUCCAAUGGUGUGCGUAAUCAUAAUAAUUACACAAAUUUUACAGAACCAUUCCAUGCCAGUGAUGGUUCCAACAACACAAUGUCACAAACGGAAGACUUCAAUAAUCCCUCCUCAGAUAGUCGGCUAAAGGCCAACAUAAUGAUGGCCUCAGCCUCAAUUUUGGCCACCUCGGUUAAUUCUUUAUCGGCCCUCAUUGCCAAUAAUGUUACACAACUGCCGCCGGGGACACCAAAAAUCACAAGGCCAUCAUCACCACCAGGCGAUUGGCUGCGAAGUAUGGAUGCUGCUGUUGCGGCCGUUUCACCGCCACCCUUAAGUGUAACAGCCACCGGCACCACCACCGAAGUUACCGAUGACAAAUUCCCAUUCACUUUGGAAAAUGUUCACAAAUCUGAAGAUUUGCGUCGCGAUGAAAACGAACCACGACGCAGACAAUCGAAGGGCCUAUCGGCUGAUUAUAAACCGCCCGGUUAUAUCAAUUAUUCGCCGGAAUCGAAAAAUUUGCUGACACGUUCGGCCUCGACGACUGUCAAUGAUUAUGACAGCGAAGAGAGUAAUAUAUCGUCGGAAGCGUUGUCUGUACAGCGCGCCUAUUUCAUGGAUGUCGGUGCAAUAUCAGCAAUCUGUUUUACAGUAUUCGGUAUCUGCUGUACAGUGGGUACCAUAGGUAUGGUUUUAUAUCGUCGUCGAUUCUUAAAUAAGCCUCAGGCAUUAAGUGAGCCGGACUCCAGUGUUUAUAUCGACGAUAGCACGAUGCGUGUUAGUGAUAAUUCAGAUGAAAUGUAUAGCUUGGAUAAUGAUUCGUUUUUAAAUUCAUUGGAGGCCAUGACAAUACAAAACUAUUGGACCGAUACUGUUAAACAUACAAAGCUUUAAUUACUAAUAUCUCCCCUA